AAAAUUUUUUCCAGUGAGUAGCGCAGAAUCAGAUUUCCAACGACUCGGCCGAGUUUCACUGGAGAUAUUGCCCGGUCAGCAGGAAACCGCGCCCCGCCACUUUUAUUCGCCCCUUUUUAUUUCUUUGCUUCACUUUCACGUCAGCCCACCAACUUCUCAAACCACAAUAUCCCAAAAGAAAAAUACAGUUUAAUUUGUCUAUUGUUUCACCAGAAAAACAAUUAGAAUUAGCCUACAUCCAGUGGGAUCGAGUUGUUGGAAGGUGUCGGUUUUGGAUACGGCCGGACUGCACACUCCUGUAAGGGAGAACUUCACUUUGCCACCGCUUCAGCAAUAAAAUAAAAAAGUGGGAAAUUCAAUCCGCCCGAUUCACGGUGGUUGGCCAAUCAUCGGACAACUGUCAACUGAUCCUACGUGCUGGUUGUAAAAAGGGGAUUGAAAGUAUAUGCGUCUCAACGAAACCGUGUCAUUUCACGUUUUAAAAACUCGUCGAUCUCAACUGCCAACUUACCAGUCAUCGUCAGGCCGUCUGUCGUGCUCCAGGUCUCCUUUGAAAUCAACCGAACAUCAUCCCAAAUCGCUUCCACUUUGGUGUGGAAGUUUUGCGAACUUGAUCCCACGUGAUUUUUUGUUUUAUUGACGGACGAAAUGACGGGCAAGUGCAGGAUCUGGCGUUCCGUGUUGAUGCGCUGGCUGGCCCGCAUUAGCCGGGCCAAACAGCGACUCGUUCCCCGACGCAUCGAAGAGCGAUGCGCCGAACUUAUCUUGUCGGACGAACAACUACGCGACGUGUGUCAACGAUUGCUGGUCGAGAUCAACCGAGGACUCAAUAAGGACACCAAUAAAGAGGCAACCGUCAAAUGUUUUCCCACCUACGUCAGGGAACUGCCCAACGGCGAAGAAUGUGGAAAAUUUCUGGCACUGGAUUUAGGCGGAACCAACUUUCGUGUUCUGCUCAUCGAUUUGGGUCCUCACAUCUUUCACAUGGAGUCGAAAAUCUUUGCCGUUCCCCAGAGUGUCAUGCUUGGUCCUGGAACCGGGUUAUUCGACCACAUCGCUGAAUGUUUAGCCACUUUUAUGCACGAGCAUAAGGUGGACGUGUCGCCAUUGCCUCUGGGUUUCACUUUCAGUUUCCCUUGCAGCCAAGAAGGUUUAACCAAGGCCCGAUUGGCCACCUGGACUAAAGGAUUCAAGUGUUCAGGCGUCGAAGGCGAAGAUGUUGUCAGACUUCUCCAGGAGGCAAUCGCUCGUCGGGGUGAUAUCAAGAUCGACGUGAUGGCCGUCCUGAAUGACACGACAGGGACUUUGAUGGCUUGCGCCUGGAAGAACCAGGCAUGCCGGAUCGGUCUCAUUCUCGGAACUGGAAUCAAUGCGUGCUACGUGGAGCGAUUAGAGAACGUACAACUGUGGGACGGCGAUUACGACGAACCUAACCAGGUCGUCAUCAACACGGAGCUGGGCGCGUUCGGCGACAACGGAACGCUCGAAUUCAUCCGGACCGAAUACGAUCGGACCAUUGACCAGCAUUCACUCAACCCUGGACGGCAAUUAUUUGAGAAAAUGAUCUCGGGAAUGUACAUGGGUGAAGUGACUCGUCUCGUUUUAGCCCAGUUGACACGAGAAGGACUUCUCUUUGAUGGCAUGGGCCCAGAAGUGUUAUUCGAACCGGGCCAGUUCUUUACGAAAUACGUCUCUGAAAUCGAGAGUGACAAGAAGGGUGAAUACACGUGCUGUCGUCAGGUGCUGGAAGAGUUGGGCUACGAAGAUGCCUCGGACGAAGAUUGCGCCAACGUGCGCUACAUUUGCGAGGCCGUUUCUCGACGGGCGGCCCACAUCGCCGCUGCAGCCGUGGCUUGUCUUCUCAACAAGAUGGGUCAAAAGCACGUGACGGUGGCCGUUGAUGGCUCCCUUUACCGCUUCCACCCUCACUUCCAUGAUCUGAUGGUUGAAAAGAUCCGACAGCUCAUCAAUCCCGGACUAACGUUCGAUUUGAUGUUGUCGGAGGAUGGAAGUGGUCGAGGUGCUGCGUUGGUGGCCGCGGUGGCCGUCCGAAUAGGUAGUUUGGCGGCUAGGUGAAUUCUUGCCAAUAUCGUUUAGUUUUUGCCCCCUUCUGAACCCAACACCCUCCCUCUACUACCCCCCUCCCCUGUAACGGCCAUUGGAAAAAGAAAAUUACCCCAUGACGGCAAUUUUACAAAAAAAUAUUUUCAAAACCAACACAAACGAAAAUGGGAAUGCGGCGUCGUCUGCGCGAAGGAAUCGAUUAUUCUUGACUAAUAACAAGAGAAUGUUUCUCAAUCAAACUCACACAUCUAGCGCCAUCCCCCCCCCCUUUCGCGCAAUCCGUACAUAUAAACAGCAUCUUAUGAAUAUAGAUAUGUAAUUUUUAACACACCUUUUUCCCUCCCUUUUAUCCCCUCCCCUUAUAUCCAUUCGUAUUUCCCUUAUCAGUAGAUUUGUUUUACAUAGGGACGGGGAAUUUAUUAUCAACGUAGGCAAUAUUUGCGACAAUACAACUCUGCGAUUCUUUUAACCACAUCUGCUGCAAUUUCCCCUCAUCGAAGUUUGAUUGGCAAAAUCCUCCGCCUCUUUUUAUCUCGCUGCAUAGUUUACUUUUUUAGUUUCUAAUCUCUUCAUCUUGAAUUUUUUUAGGGGAGGGAGAGGUGGGGGGUUCCCUUCUUUUAUCUUACCUAUUUUUCCUUAAAUUUUAUUUUUCUUGUGUUGCGCUGUCCAUUCUUUUAUUUUGUCUCCCUCUCUUUUGUACACAUUCUUUAUAAAACGGGGAGGAUUUUUUUCAAUUUCUUGGAAUUUUGUUGGUGGGUGUGAAUGGUCGUCUAGGUGACACGAUGAUGCGGCUCGAAAUCAUUUGUUCGAUUUAGGUAAAAAUCACGGGAGGGACUUGAAAAGCACAAUAGUUUGUUUUGUCAGAUUGGAAACCGUACUUAAAGUAGUAGUGUAUAGUAGAGAUCACGAAGCCGGAAGACUAUUGAAACGAUACACACCAGCAAUUUUAUUAAACAACCCAAAAAAGAAGAAAAAGUUUUCGAUUAUUUUAUUAUUAUUUUGGAUCGGGAAGAAAUCGAUGUAUAGCAAAAGAGAGAACUUCUGUUUGUCCCUCUAAUAUUUGAAGAAAAGAAAAAAAGAUUACCAUGUAAUUGACACCCCCUCCAAAUCCGCUCUUGGCCGUCUUACCGAGAGAUUCCCAUACGGUUGUUGGCCAGUGUAUAAUCUGAUGAGAAUAUGGUUAUAUGCUGUACACACAAGACAAAUGAUGAUGGAACGUAGGUCUUAUUGACGCUCGAGCCUUAUGGGAAAAGCAACGAUCGAUGUCGAUCGAGAUGUGUAAAAACAAAAACAAAAAAAAAGGAAUUAACAUAUGCUGUCAAGGGAAAUGUAGUAUUUCCACCACUAACUAACUCUCUUUUCUCUAUCCUUCUCUCUUGUAUUCUCUUUAUUCUAUUAUUCUUUCAUACCCGCAUGUAGAAAACAUUAAUAAGAUUAAUUCAAUACCUAGCCGCAUAUCUACAGAAUUCCACCAGCUCCCUUCCGCACCUUUUGGCGUCGCAGUUGGAUCAGAUGCAUCUUCCCCGUUCCCUCCCGCUGUUUAUUGUUAUAAAACAACAACAAAAAUUUUUUUAUCAUUACUCGUUCUCCAUUUUGAAAAAUUGUUGGUAGUGAUCGCCCACGCGCGCCGAUGUAUAGCUCUCGUUGAUGAUGCAAAGAAAGAAAAUAUGAAAAACAAAUAUAGAGAAUGAGACUUGA